AUGGCAAACCGCAUGAGAAUGCUGCUAUUAACCCUUUCCAUCAACUUCUCACUAUCAUCAACAAUUUCUAAAGUUUCUAAAGAACAAAUACCAUGCACAAUGUGCUAUUCCUGUGACAAUCCUUGUCAGCCUUUACCAUCGCCGCCUCCACCUGCUAUCCCUGAAUGUCCACCGCCUCCUCCCCCACCUUCUCCACCGCCACCUGCUAUCCCUGAAUGCCCACCGCCUGCUCCCCCACCUUCUCCACCGCCACCAGCUAUCCCCGAGUGUCCACCGCCACCAGCUCCUAUUAAUGAGUGCCAUGCGUGUCCAACACCACCGACACCAUUUCCGCCUGUGCUACCGCCUAAGCAGUCGUAUUGGCCGGCUGCUGGCUAUUCCUUUAAUGGACCACCAGCUGGUUACGGGAACAAUCCAGUGCCUUACUUUCCAUUUGACAAUAACAACCCGUCACCUUCUUUCUCUUUCAAAUCCGCAGCUUGGAACUCAGAGGAGAGGAAAUUCCAUUUAACAAAGCAGCAGGCCGCCCUGGAAAUGCUAAUCUAA